AUGAACUUAGAUGUAAUUUCAUCUUCUGCUGUCACAGGCUCGACACAAUGGCACGUGGGCCCACUCUCGCGCCACUUCCCUCUGGUGGUCCCGGACCUCCUGUUCUUCGGCGGGUCCACCACGAGAUCAGACCGCCGGUCCGAGAAAUUCCAGGCGGAGUCCAUCGUCCGGUUGGUGGACCAGCUCGGAAUCAAAAAGUUUAACGUGGUGGGGACCAGUUACGGGGGGUUCGUGGCCUACCACGUGGCGAGGGCGUGCGGGGGUCGGGUGCUCCGCGCGGUGAUCGCGAGCUCCGACGUUUUGAAAGGAGAGGAAGACGAUAGGAUGCUGAUGGAGAGAGCGGGAGCGGAGGACGUUGUGGAUUUGAUGGUACCGGGGAGCACUGGAACCCUGAGGAAGCUUAUUGGGUUAACGGUUUACAAAUCGCCGAGGUUUGUGCCCGAGUUCGUUUUAAGGGAUUUUGUACAGAAUAUAUACAAGACAAACUUGAAGGAGAAGGUGGAGCUCAUAAAGGCAAUUUCUCUUGGCAACAAGAAUGAGUUUCAACUUACUCCCCUCUCUCAGGAUGUUUUGGUCAUAUGGGGAGAUCAUGAUCGUAUUUUCCCACUCGAUAAGGCGAUUAAAAUCAAGGAGAAACUCGGAGAGGGAGCUAGACUAGAGAUUGUGAAGAACACGGGUCAUAUGCCAAACACCGAGGAUCCGACCCGAUUCAACGAGCUCCUCUUGGACUUCUUGAUGAAUGACCCCAAACCUUCAAUAUUGUAAAACUUUGCAAACAUUUUUCUAUGUAUUGAGCAGACUUUUAUCUAGAAGCUGAAUAGAGAAUAAGAAUUUUAGUUGAGUA